GGGGAGGGUUCGCCACGGCUGGAAUUUGAACGAAGUUCCUGUCAACUAUAGUAUUGUUAUCUGUAGCGGAAAAUAUUGUAUGAAUAAAUCCGCUCUGUUAUUUUAAAAGAAAAAAAUCUGAUAAGGCCGUCAGCUGUCGCGUCUAUGUUUUAUUCCUCUUUCAACUCUGUGUCUGAUCUUCCUGAAAACACCUGCGUGACUCAGGUAACUCACCGAUGAAGAGGGAAGUCCUUGGAUACUGAGCAGUGAAAAGUUUGUCCGUCAGGAUGUGCUCCAGUCGAGGUAUAUGUGGCGCCAACAGCCGUCCCAACAGGUCGUCCAGCUCAGAGGGCAGCGGCUCAGGCGCCCAUUACGCCCUGUGCGCCCUGGGAGUCGGUCUCAUCGCGCUGGGCAUUGUCAUGAUUGUGUGGACUGUGAUACCCAUGGAUGGAGAGGCCCCAGGCGGUUCGGCCACAGCAUCAGGCAACUCCACCUCAGGGCCUGGAGGUCAUGACGAGGCCUCAGACAACACAAAGUCUUCAUCAGUGGCCAUGGCGCUGGUUGGAGUUGGAGCAGCCAUGCUGCUCUUGUCCAUUUGCCUCGGUGUGAGGAGCAAGAAGAGAGCACAAAGCAGACGUAACCAGCCAGCGCCGGUAGGAGGCCCCCUCAUGGACCAUAUACCUGGGGAGCAGCAAGAGCCAGCUGCUGAUCCAGCUGCGUACAACGUGCCGAGCUACGAGGAGGUCGUUGGCAGCGGCAACUACCCCGUCCGUCAGAGCAACCUUCGCCAGAGCACCUCCCAGCUGCCGUCCUACGAGGACAUCAUAGCAGCUGUGGAAAACGAGGGAGCAGAGCCCACGAACAAUCCCACCGAGGACACCCCUCUCAAUGAUCCCGCAGCGGCCGCCGCCCAACCUGCUGCCGAGCCUCCGGCCAACCACCCGGGCCUCAAGUCAAACCCCAGCCUGCCCUCCCGCAGCAGCAGCCGUGCCAGCCGUUUACUGCGGCCUCUGCGGGUGAGGAGGAUCAAGUCGGACAAACUGCACCUGAAGGACAUCCGUCUCCAAAUCCGCACCCCCACACAGAAUCCAGUCAACAUCGAACCCAUCACUCCUCCACCUCAGUAUGAAAAUAAGAUGCCUGAAUUACAGUAGGAGCUGUCCCUUAUUGCCUGCUCCUGAUGAGUAAAAAUAUCUCUACGUUAAAUGGACUAAUGAUAAGAUCCAUUAGUCCAUAAGACCCAUUUUCAAGGUUACUAUUAAAUAGGUUAAGUGUGGCUGGGAGCAGUGUGAUGGAGCCUGUGUAGACGCUUUCCUGAGAUGAGAAUAUUACAAGUGAAUCUCUCUUUAUCAGUGAAGGUCGUGAUUGGCAUAUUUAUUCUGUCAUAAGACAUUAUCAGGUCUGUGUGAAAAGAUCUGCUUUCAGAGAUGAGAUUUUUUUUAACUAAUGUCAGACAUAGGAGAACCUUACAGUUUUAUUUAAUAUGUUUUUCACCUCACCAGGAAUUAUUAUUGUUGUUAUAUUUUGUGUCUGAUUAGUUGUGGACUGUGGAAAAUUUGAAAUCUUAUCUUGUGAUUCAAA